AUGGACUCAGACAGCGAUCCAUCAACCACAGAACUCCUAGAGCCAAGAAACGACGAUGGCUGGGAAGAUGUCGAAUCCGAUGUGGAGGACCGGACCUUCAAAUCCCUCUUCGAGGACAGGUGGUUUGGGGACAUCACCGAGAUGCUGCAGUACGACAAGGAGAAACACGACUUUGACUAUGUCAAGCUGAAGAACCAAUUAAACCUCGAUUUCCUGGACCGGGUUCAACUGAUCAAUUUCGUGCGGGCAGAGGCCAAUGCUGGAAAUGCACUCCCCAAGGUGUGGACCACUGCUCUCUUUGAAGACGAGCAGUAUCUCAAACCGACAAUGGAGGACGAUGCUGUACUAUACAGUCUAGACGACAUUGAUGAAGCUGCCUUUGACACACCAACCGCCCCAGAUGCCGGCGAGCAAGAGCUCCAAGAGCUACGCGAGCGUCUCGCCCAAAUCCAGAUCCAAUUCGCCGCCUACAGAGAAGAAGUCCAGGUAUCAUUCCAGAAGCACGUCAAUGCGAUGAAAGACACUCCAGCCUCCCAGCCCAACGACGUCCCCAAUCCUAAGGACGCCAGGACGCAAGAAAUCACCACAUCAGCCCAAGAAGACCAAGACACGGGCUACUUCCACUCGUACGCAGCCAACCCCAUCCAUGAAACCAUGCUCAAAGACACGAUCCGCACCUCCGCCUACCGCGACUUCAUCUACCACCACAAACACCUGGUGGCCGGGAAAACCAUCCUCGACAUCGGCUGCGGCACGGGGAUCCUGUCGCUCUUCUGUGCCCAAGCCGGCGCCAAGCUCGUCCUCGCCGUCGACAACAGCGCCAUCAUCGACAAGGCGCGCGUCAUCGUGUACGAGAACGGCUUCCAGGACGUCAUCAAGUGUCUGCGAGGCAAGAUCGAGGAGGUCCACCUCCCCGUGCAGAAGGUCGACGUGAUCAUCAGCGAGUGGAUGGGCUACGGCCUGCUGUACGAGAGCAUGCUGGAUUCCGUCCUCUGGGCCCGCGAUCGCUAUCUGGAUCCCGAGCGUGGCCUGAUGGUGCCGAGCCAUGCCACGCUACGGGUGGCGCCGCUGGUGGACUCGGAGCUGCGGGUCGAGCACGUGGAUUUCUGGAAGGACGUCUACGGCUUCGAUAUGACGAGCAUGCUGGACGACGCUGUCUACGAUGAGGCGCUCGUUCGGACGCUAGAGAAGGGGGAUGUGCCUAGCGAGGAUUCGGCGUCCUUCCUGGAACUGGAUCUCCACACGGCAAAGACGACAGAUCUGACAUUCCUCCAUCCCUUUGAGAUCGAGUGGCGAGCAACGGAGGCUCAGUCAUUCGAUGGCUGGGCGGUCUGGUUCGACAUCUUCUUCUUGCAGUCGAGGACCGAGAACCUUCCACCUCGGAUGGAAGCGUCUGAAGCCGUGCGCAAGGGCUACACUGCAUUUAGUACGGGUCCUGCCGCGCCGCAGACGCAUUGGCAGCAGGUUGCUCUGCUGGCGAAGACGCAGGAAUUUGGUUUCACGCAGGGGCAGGUGGUAAGAGGCAAGAUCGGAUAUCAGAAAAAGGAGGGGAAAGAUCGGUCGAUAGAUAUUGAGGUGAUGUGGCAGGGCGACGGGGAGAAGAGUGAGCGGAGACAGGUGUGGACUUUGGAUUGA